CAUUAUUCGAUUCAUGGCUAGGACGAUCAACUCCACCAGGCCCUCCCGGUGGUCCCGGUACAACUAAAAGGGGUAUAAUGUUCCUUUUAGGGACGCCAUUGGAGCCGCGUUACGCUCUCGACGCCCAUAUUUUUGUGUUGAGAGAGUCCUUAGGCCCCUCUGUGUCCCUUAUGACGUCGGACGACUCAAAGCUCCAAGUCGCCCUUUACAGUAUUUUUUUGUUGGAGAACAAUUUGUUUGAUUUUAUUGUCAAAACACCAAUAUACAAUCUUUGACAAUGAACUCCGCAACCACCCUCCGUGUCCUACGGCAAGCGACUCGCCAUGCGGCCUUUGCCAAACCUACCACAGGCGUUUCCAGGACCACCUUUCGAACAGUGACCAGUACCUCAUCCCGACUGAUUGAGAACACUCCUCGCCGCAAGAAUGCCUCAGAUCCAUACCACAAAGCCAGUACAGAAGCCACCGGAACUUCGGCCGGUCCUCACGAAGGUUCAGCCUCACGAACAGACAGAGACAUCGUAGUCGAAUACCCAGAUGAUGAGAAAGAUCUACCUAAAGAACGGCCUCUAGUAGGCAGGGGCGGAGUGCAUUCUGUGAGAACACUGCCAACCUUCUCGCUUGAAGGCAGAACCGCAGUUGUGACCGGAGGCGCACGCGGUCUUGGACUUGUGAUGGGGCAGGCCCUCGUCAGCUCUGGUGCCGACUUGGCUAUCGUGGAUUUGAACAAGGAAGAAGGAGAAAGACAAGCAGUCGAGCUGGUCGAAAUGUUCCGCCGCGAGAACCCCGACAACCCAGAAGCGGUCCCGAAGAUCACGGCUCAUUAUGCCGACGUCUCUGAUCCGGCCAGCGUGGACUCUUGCCUGGCAGAAAUCCUUGACAAGCAUGGCAAGAUUGAUCACCUGGUCACUUCGGCUGGCUUCACCGAGAACUUCGCUGCCGAGACGUAUCCUUACGAGCGCAUCAAGAAACUUUGGGGUGUCAAUGUCGACGGAACAUAUCUAUUCUCGACAGGUGUCGCCCGUCACCUGAUGCAGCGCAACGUCACACAUGGCAGCAUUGUCAUGAUUGGCAGCAUGUCCGGGGCUGUUGUGAAUGUGCCUCAGCCCCAGGCGCCGUACAACGCUGCCAAGGCCGCUAUUAGGCAUUUGGCUGCCAGCUUUGCUGUUGAAUGGGCACAUGCUCACAUCAGAGUCAACUGCAUUAGCCCCGGCUACAUGUUGACAGCACUGACUCGAAAGAUUCUCGACGAUAACCCAGAGCUCAACCAAAAGUGGACGUCACUCAUCCCUGUGGGCAAGAUGGGCUCGCCUGAGGAUUUGCAAGGUGCCGUUGUCUACUUGCUCAGUGACGCCAGUCGGUAUGUCACAGGAGCCGACUUGCGAGUUGAUGGAGGAUAUACCUGCACUUAGACGCGUCUUGAUUCGAACAAGACUGUUGACUCGGAUGUUGCGCACAUGUGUUCAUUGAACAAGAUAUAUUGCCCAAUUAGGGAUGUGAUUCUUUGCACGACCUGCAACCUGUCUUGCGAUUGACCCCCGGAUGUGGGAAGAAAUGCAUCUUCCAAGGAUGUGUAUCUCCUCACAAGGCCAUUUCCCAGGACAUGGUGAGUACAUCUGUGAUCAGGCUGUCGUGAAGCAUUCUGAAU